CGCAAAGAUUAAAAUGUGGAUCUUACAUAAAGGUGCAUGGGCAAGCAAGCCCGGAGACAUAUGUACAUACAGUAAGUUACAUAAGCAAGUUAACUGUUACAUACCUCAUAGCGGGGAACCAUCUGCAAUCAUUGGUUAACCCCUCCAUCUUUUCGGGGACGCGUUAUCUGCGCAAGCCUAAACUUGACUCUUUAUUCUCUUCACUUUACUUUACUUUACCUCACUUCAACUCCAGCCUUUCUAACAAGCGAACCUUUUUCUAGAGCAUGAAAAGAAUGGAUAACAUCCACGCACCUACCGUUCCGGCGGGUCCCUCUUCCCGACCCCUUACAAAUGGGAAUGCGAAGCAUCUCUCCUUUGCUGAACUUCAGUCCAAGAAAGAGAAUUUGGAGGCUGAGCUGAAGGCCCUAGGCGGCGUUCUCGACUCGCAUGGAGUUAAUAUGGAAACGCCUCUGACUACUCCGGAUGGGUUCCCUCGAGCAGAUAUUGAUGUUGCGCAAAUACGUACUACCCGGUCGCGGAUUAUUCAUCUUAAGAACGACUAUAAAGACCUCAUGAACAUCAUAGAGAAACACCUCCACGAGCAUUUUUUAAGCAUACAAGAAGCUGAUGAUGUUGGCCCUACAUCAACAAGCAACCCUGCCAUAUUUGGCGAUUCGAUUCCAGCGACCUUGGAAGAAUCUUUUGCCAAGGUCAACAGCAUCGUCCCAGGUAGUCCGGCGGAGUCUGCAGGUUUGAAGCCUGGUGAUGAAAUCCGCAAUUUUGGAUACGUGAACAAGAGUAAUCACGAUGGGCUCAAAAAAGUUGCAGAGUGUGUUCAGGGGAACGAAGGUCAACGAAUCCUCGUCAAAAUAUCUCGCAGAACCGAGUCGAGUCAAAGACAAGAGCUCCAGUUGAACUUGACCCCACGCAGGAAUUGGGGAGGCAGAGGAUUAUUAGGAUGCCAUAUCCUCCCACUCUAGCGGAAUAUCACUCAGUCAUCCGAGGACGCAGGAACACCUGAUCCUUGACGCAGGUGUUUAUGUUCAAGCCCAUGUAAAGGGGUUGACUUCUUUAGUCACUUCGGGUAGAACUAAGGUGCCAUCUAGAUGAGUUGAUGGAAUCGAUGAUUUAUUGAUCACGAUCCACAUAUAAGUCCCUUUUGUACUUCCGCGAGAAGCCAGGCAGUCGUUUAUGUUUAUCCAUUCGGCAUUGCUAAACAGCUUUCCAAGAAUCAAGCUUAGAACCUAU